AUGAGUGAUCAGCCAGGCGAUGGCGUCGUGCGCCUCCGUCUCAAGGUGUACCAGUGGAUCUACGGCAUCGCCAUAGUGUUCAUUGUCCUGGCCAUUGGGUUGCUCAUCUUGCCGGGCCUGUUCAGACGACAUGCCCUGGUUCCGGAUGUAGUGGCCACCUAUUGCUUCUUUGUCAUCGGAUUGGCCAGCCUGUGCGUCUACGUCAACGUGACAUGGCUGCGCCGGAAGUUUCCAUUCAACUGGAUAGUCAGCUGCUGCAUCGCAGCCUGUCUGGCACUGGGAACGGUGUCCGUUCUUUCGAGCCAGAAGACGAGCCACGUCCUGCUCCUGAGCCUGGAGAUUCUUGGCAUGAUGGCGCUGCUCCUGCUGGUCGGCUCUUUUCUACUUCCCGGUUGCCCAGCAAUAGCCUACCUGUUCCUCACCUGGUUCAUUUUCGUUGUGUUCUCCGUCGUCCUAAUGGUCGCCGUUUGUGUCCACGUGCCUGACCUGAUUUACUCCUACGAAGUAGCCACUCACUUUGUGCUCUGGCAAUUUAUGUGCCCACUGAUUGUGUUCCAGGCGCAGGUCAUCUCCGGCUAUUGGGAGAACUUGCCGCCCAUCCUGGAUAGGCCACUCUGCUCCACGAUACUCCUGUUCGACUUCCUCGCCUGCUACAUCUUCCUUGACUCCGCCGAUGAAGUUGGGUUUGAAUUCUACUACGCCGGCCAGGCGGAAAAUCAAAAGUUUUUGGCCAGAUCCAUCAAGAGCCAAUGGGAUAUGUUCAUGGACUCGCAAUAAGGAUUUUCUAAAUUGGAGAACUCUGAAAAAGAAGACUCUGAAAAGAUGUAUUGUAUAAAUAUACGAAAAGAACAUGUGCA